AUGUCGCGCAAUCCUGGCUUCCCGCGGGCGGGUGCUGGUCCCAAUGGUGGCGGCUACACCAAUGGCAACUACAUCAACAACAACAACAACAACAAAAACGGCGCAUCGGCGGGUUAUGCUGGGCCCGAAAAUGGCCAUGGCGACAGACCCAGCGGCGAACGGCCACGGCGACCCGGUGGCUACGGAGGCAUGCAUCCCGAGCAGGACACGUCCCCCCACCGCCCAAGCAACGACGGCGAACGCGAACGCGAACGACGGCCUGGGGGAUAUGGAGGCCUUCAACCACCGCGCAAUCCAUCCACCCAAGUACUCUCACGCCCACUCAGUGUCGAACGAAGCCCGGCACAGCGACGAAGCCCAGAUCGACGCGCAGGAGGAAACGCAGGUAGAGCCGGCUAUGGAACAGGUCAGAACUAUGGGCCAGGCAGCCAGCGCAUCGAGCAGGUGCUGCAGUACAUCCAGCAGAACUGGGAAUUCAUGACCAAGGACCAAUGCAUCCCAAUCGAGGUCGCCCUGAAGCUCAUGGACUCGAGCUCUCUGGGCCUCGCCAAUCAGGCAGGUCGUUUUAGACAAACCCACGACGAGUUGCAGCAGGCUCUCAAGGGAAUCGUGAAUGAGCAUCAUCAGGGCUUCAACAGCUCCAUUGGUACCUUCCACCAGAUCCAGUCCAGUCUGCAGAGCUCACAGCAUCGUGUACGGACCCUCAAGAGCUCCCUCGCCUCGGCCAAGUCGCAGCUCUCCACAGCCAAGCCUGAGCUCAAGGAGUUUGCGACCACCUCGCAGAGUUACGACGACAUGUUGCAGAUUCUCGACGUCAUUGAAAAGCUGCAGCUCGUGCCUGAAAGACUGGAAGCACGAAUAUCUGAGAAGCGCUUCUUGACUGCUGUUGACAUUCUUCAAGAUGCCUUGCGCAUGAUUCGCAAGACGGAAAUGGAGAAGAUUGGCGCCUUGUCUGAUUUGCGCACCUAUCUUAGCAACCAAGAAGUCUCGCUUACAGAUAUCCUCAUUGAAGAACUCCAUAGUCAUCUCUACCUCAAAUCGCCAUACUGUGAGGACAGGUGGAAAGAGUACGCUCACAACCAGGUCAAGGGUGAUAUCUCAGAGCGAGCACAGACCGAUGCAAGAGGUAGAUUACUCUACUACUUCUUGGACGAGCUUGACACCUCAGAACCGUCUCAGAUGACAGAUGACUCUGCUCAUAAUCCUGAACAAGACACAUUCCAGUACAUUCGAUUAGUCAUAGAAGCUCUCAACAAGAUGGGCUGCCUCGAGGUUGCUGUAGAUACAAUCGAACAGCGACUUCCUGUGGAGCUGUUCAAGGUUGUUGAUAAGUCGAACAAUGAAGUAGUGCAACGACAUCCCAGCAUUCUCCGCGCAUAUGCAUCGAGAAAAGGCGGUAAGAAGACGGAGAUUGAGAGCGACGACAUCCGAAGCACACUCCUCAACGAUCUCAUGUGGACACUGUAUGCGCGUUUCGAGGCAAUUGCAGAAAGCCAUAGAGUUGUCCAUGAUGUUGUCGUUGGCAUCAUUCGACGGGAAGGUUCUGGCUCGUCGAGUGCCAGUCUUACCCGCGGCUUCAAGGAGUUAUGGAAGCUGUAUCAGAGUGAGAUGCGCUCACUGCUCCACGACUACCUUGCUACCGACGGCGAUGCGUCGUAUCGCACGGGUCAAGGACAAGCAUCCGCUGGCAGUGCAUUCUCACGCACCCCACGAGACAGAAACAAGCGCAUGUUCAAGCUCUCUGACGUGGAUACCAAAAGUCCUGAAAUAUCAAAUGAGCGGAAAGAUCUUGCGUUUAUUCUAAAGUCGUCUGUUCCUGGACUAGUCACCGAUUCGAAGAAAGCAGAAGACUCGGUUGCAAGCACCAGUACCAAGCUCGACGGUAGCGCAACGGGACACAAACUCCUCGUACAGCCAUCUGUCUUUAAUAUGGGCAUACUUCUACCACCAUCCCUGGACUUCUUGAACAGGCUUAAGGAGGUUGUUCCCCCUGGUUCAGACAUUGUCAUGAGUACAUUGACCUCCUUUCUUGACGAUUUCUUGGUCAAUGUGUUCCAUCCGCAGCUUGAUGAGACGCUGGUUGAGUUGUCAGCACAGAUCUUUAUCGAGGUCGAUUCGUUCAACGAAGACCCUAAUUGGUCGAGCCACUCCAAAAAGCCCAUUUUCAAGGGUACUGCUCAUUUCUUCACGCUAGUCACUGCUUUCUGCAAGAUGCUCGAUAAUUUGCCUCAUGAUCAAGCUUUCUCACAGCUCAUUAUUGAUCAAAUGGACACGUACGCGCAAAAGUGUGCAGAUUGGUACAAAACCCUGGCCAGUCGCUCACAGCCUAGUUCGACUGGCCGCCAGAUGAAAGCACCCGGGAUUUGGGCAGAAUCAGAGCAGAUGGAAGACCUCAUUGCCCAACUCAUCCAAUCAGACCCAUCCGACACCGAGAAUUUGUCACAGCUGGUUCAGAACGAGAUCGAUCUCCUCAUAGAAGCAGUCGAUGCGGAGCCAUUGGAUCAGGGAGACAUGAUACAGGAUAAGAAGAGCAUCGUAGGUCUUUGUCUCCUCUUCACAAGCAUGAAGUGGUUGGCCACGAAGAUUGCAAACCUACGCUACAUCAGCGACCGCGCCUCGGACUCGUCAAACGCCGAAACAACUGGACAGAGGCACAACAGACGGUGGACAGUGUUGUCCUCCUCUGAACCACGCGCAGAAACCGCACGGGUGUACCUCCCCCUCAGCUCUGAGACUGCCGAGCACUUUGACCGUGUAGUCUCGACCUACCAUUCACUCUCCAAUCGCGCCCUCCGCACCCUCCACCUCUCCAUCCGCUCCACCAUCCUCCACUCCCUCGACACCUCGAUCCCCACCACCCUCUACAUCGACACCCUCCUCAGCGACCCCUCGCCCUCCAUCCUCUCCCUCAACUCCUCCCUCGUCUCCUUCGACACCACCGUAUCCACCUACAUCCCCUCUUCCUCGUACACCCACAUCACCCGCGGCCUCGCCUCCCUAAUGGACACUUACCUCCUCUCCCUCCUCACCACCCGCCUCGUCCGCCUCAACGCCCACGGCUGUGCCCUCAUGCAACUCAACAUCCUCGUCCUCCAGCAAAACUUGAAGAAUAUCGAACACGCCGCUGCCCUCCCCCACGCCGCCCUCUUCUUCGACCUCUUUACUGCUGGUCCGGAUGCUAUUGUUCAGCGCGCCCGUGAUAUGGGUAAUGGCUUUGGCGUGCCUGGGAAGUGGUUUGGUGAAGAUCAGGUUAAGAGGUUGUUGGUUAUGGCGUAUGAGCAGCGUGUUUCGGCGGAGAAUCGCGAGGAGAGCGUGUUGGCGAAGCGGGCGCUGGAUGGGCAGUUGUUGGAGGUUAGUGAAUUUAUGUAUUAG